CUCUGAUUGGCCAGAGGGAAAGCCGGGCGAUGACAAGUCGCGGUGGGGGUGACGGAGGGAGAUGGCGGCCUCUAAGUGUGUGGUGAUCACUGAUGAUGAACAAGGCUAUGACCUCGAUCUAUUUUGCAUCCCAAAGCAUUACUCAAAUGAUCUGGAAAGAGUAUAUAUUCCUCAUGGUUUAAUCAUGGAUAGGACUGAACGUUUGGCAAGGGAUAUAAUGAAAGGCAUGGGAAAUCAUCACAUCGUUGCCCUCUGUGUCCUCAAGGGUGGCUAUAAGUUUUUUGCUGACCUUUUAGACUACAUCAAAGCUUUGAACCGGAACAGUGACCAAUCAAUCCCAAUGACGGUAGACUUCAUCCGCUUGAAGAGUUACUGCAAUGAUCAGUCAACUGGAGAGAUAAAGGUGAUCGGUGGAGACAACCUUUCAACCCUAACAGGAAAGAAUGUUUUAAUUGUUGAGGAUAUAAUUGAUACGGGUAAAACAAUGCAGACUCUGCUGAGCAUGUUGCAAGAUUACAAACCCAACAUGGUGAAAGUGGUGAGUCUGCUGGUUAAACGAACUCCUCGAAGUGUGGGCUAUCGACCAGACUUCGUUGGUUUUGAAGUUCCCGACAAGUUUGUGGUUGGAUAUGCACUCGACUAUAAUGAAUACUUUAGAGACUUAAAUCAUAUUUGUGUAAUCAGUGAAAAGGGAAGAGAGAAGUACAAGGCAUGAGGUGUGUGGCACUUGGAUGGACUGUCAGAUUGCGAUGGUUGAAAUCAGCUGAAGACAUUCAGUCUAGAAGAUAAUCUCUGGGGCUAUGUGUUUGUUACUGUCAGUGAAUUAGAUAUUUAAGGGCCCAUCAUGAACGUACUUAAGUAUUUAUUUUUGUACUGUAAAAACAUAAAAUUACAAUCUAUCAUCA